AUGCAUUCUUCAACUUCCACCUCCAUCCUGGCUACAACAGCCCUAACCCUCCUCCUCUCCCUCCCAAACCUCAUCUCAGCCUGUUCAGUCCAAGGAGACGUCACGACAACCUUCUACGGCUACCCCGAUAACUCCCCGCCAGGAGCCAGUAUCGCCUACACACAAUGCGGUCGCUCCGUCGCUGGCGGAACAGGCACAUACGACGACCCCUUAACCUUCGCCUCUGCAGAAGGAGAAUUCCAAAUCUGCGACGUCAUCUACGCACCCUACCUCAAGAAAUAUCUCCGUUUCGAGGAUGAAUGUGACCAGUGUACUUCCGACUGGCAGAAUGAUGGGACUUGGCAUAUUGAUGUUUGGACGGGUAGUAGCUCGCAGGAUGGAGGGCAGAAUCAGAUUGAUUGUGAGGAUGCUCUGACUCCGGAUUCGCAGAGUAUUAUUUUGAAUCCGGAUAGUGGAUUGGAGGUUGAUACUACUCCGCUCUAUGACCCGGAUAGCCAAACUUGCAACACUGGGAAUACUUAUACUGGAUACGAUACUUCGGAGUACUGCUCAUGAGAGAUCAGUGCACUGUAAUGUCUCGUUGGAUGAGAUGU